UGCGGAUAACCUCCACGAUCGCUCUCCUCCGUCGGGGACACUUAUUGGACGUUUAAAUCCGAACCAUGCCCUCUUGAUAACCCCCACGUCUACGAACGAUACCCGAAUCUGUUGCAACAUGAAUACGCUUGCUUCACCACCUGAGGGUUCUCGCCAGCUUCAGCAAUUGCCACCUUCCACCCAGUCAAAGAUUCGGUCGACCCAGAUCCUCACGUCUUUGCCUCAGAUCAUCUCUGAGCUUGUCCAGAACUCACUUGACGCAGGUGCGUUGCACAUUGACGUGGGGGUAGAUUGUGAGGAUUGGGCAUGCUGGGUCCGCGAUGAUGGAAGUGGUAUCGGGAGGGACGACUUUGAUGCGCUAGCAAGUGGUGGUCAAGCCGUGCGGUAUAGUACGUCGAAGGCCUACUCACCUGCGUCCUUGGACGAGGUGUCCACUUUUGGUUUUAGAGGCGAAGCUCUUGCGUCUGCUGCCGAUGUAUCUCUCCUGGAAAUAUCCUCCAGGACAGCACGGUCCAGAGAGAGCUGGUCUGUUAUCCUGAAGGAAGGGUCAACACUAUAUCACGGUCCUUCGCUGAGAUGGCGCAGAGACUCGUCAGGCACGGUAGUCUCAGUGCGCGAUGCGUUCUACAACCUUCCAAUCCGUAGGCGCUCUCAUCCGUCUGCAGCCAGGACCUUAGAACAUAUCCGGCGGGAUAUUGAACCAUUUGCCCUGAUGUUCCCGAACGUCACCUUCUCUGUGGAGAACGUCCACAAGAGCGGGAACGGCACCAGUGGGUCGGGUAAGGUGAUGACAGUCCCGAAGACGGCUUCAACACUGGCGGCCUUUCGUCAUCUGUACGGCCGUGCAUUGGUAGAGCAUGUGGAAGAAGUGAAUGAACAGAUGGGUGACAUCAGGCUGGAGGGUUUUCUCAGCCUUGAUGGUUCGCCCUCCAAGGCGCAUCAGUACUUGUAUAUUAACAAGCACCUGAUGUCGCACUGUGACUUGCAUCGUGUCAUUGAGGCCCAAUUCUCCAGAAGCUCAUUCGCGAAACAUGCGUUUGAUGAGGAAGGAGAGACGAGUCAACCGCGGCCUAGUACGCGGCGCCUGCCGCGCAAGCCUGAGAAGAAGCCCAUCUACGUGUUGAAUCUGACGGUUCCUCCGAGACAAGUAGACAACUGCCUAGAGCCAGCCAAAGCAGCUGUGCAUCUACAGAGCCCUGAAGCCGCCGCUGCGUUCCUCUCGUCAGUCGUCGAGGCUUUCCUGGUACGACAUGGUUUCCUCCAUGCCACAAUUCCUAGGCCAAGCCAAGACCGAUUCUUGACCAACAGUCCGGCACUCAAGAAGAGGAGGGUGGCGCGUGCUCGCGACGAAAAUGACAAUAUGAUGACUGCCAGUACUUCAGGGAACAUCGACGUCCAGAACGAUAGGUCCCGUCGCACAGUAGCAUCACCACCUGUCAUAGAACCGCCGAAUGGUUGCACUACCGAGCCCGAUGGGUUCGCUGAGGGUCUGGAGACAACGUGGACGGAUCCUGCCACUGGCGAAAUUUUCAUUGUCGACAACCGUACUGGCAAUUCAUAUCCUGUGAACGCUCGCAUGGCGGAGGAAACAGACGAAGCACCACAAGGAAGAAGGCUCGUUAGAACGGUCGGUCGUUCAAGGGCUAACAUGGCAGAAAUGCCGGAUUGGAUAAGAAACGCCCUCGAGACGAAUGAAUCCUACGCCAUGCUGGAGCCGCGUAUACCUGCCGUCUUACUAUCGGCCAACUUCGUUGAAGACGUGCAGAACUGGCACGGAGGCAAGCGACGGAUGCAUGAUUGUCUCUCGCACACUACCCAUCCGCAUGCAUCACAAAGUCGGCCUGGAAGGUUCGACAGGGACGAUCUCUGGAAUGCCGAAGUACUUGGACAGGUAGACAGAAAGUUCAUCGCCUGCGUGCUCCAGACAGACGCCGAGAUCAAUGCUGAAAACGAGGCCAAUCAAAUGUCAGGCAACAGCAGAGGAAAGGUGCUAGUUCUCAUCGACCAACAUGCGGCGCAUGAGCGAGUCCGGGUGGAGCACUUCCUACAGGAGCUCUGUCUCGGGUACUUGCAACACCGGUCUGCCACGGACGCAGAUUAUCUAGACGGUUCGCAGUCCGAGUCAGUGGGUGUGCGCACUCGCCUACUGCAGCCUCCUAUCACUGUCCUCCUCACCCGACAAGAAGUCGAACGUAUACGUAGCGAAGAGGUCCGAGCUGCGUUCCGACGUUGGGGUAUCACCCUUUCGGACGCCGACGAUAGUAACACCGGACGCACCGAACAAGAUCAUCCUGAGGAUGAAGUGACUGGUAGGAGCAGCUAUUCGCAGGUCAACGUGAUUACCGUACCGGAAUUGCUUGGGGAUAAGUUGCUCGCUGAUGAUGAGCUGCGGGAUCUCGUCAAGGGUUACAUAGCAAAGCUAGAAGCGGAUGGCACUCCGAUGUCAACUCCUGCUGAAGAACCCCCGACAGAGGACGGCCACGGAAAUGUUGGCUGGCAGAAGGCGAUGCGAUGGUGUCCGCGCGAGCUGCACGAACUUGUCAACUCCAAAGCUUGUCGAGGCGCUAUCAUGUUCAACGAUGCCCUGACAAAUGCACAGUGCACUCGCCUCGUACAUCAGCUAGCCGAGACUGCACUUCCUUUCCAGUGUGCGCAUGGAAGGCCGUCUCUUGUGCCUCUGACAGAGAUCGGCUCAACAGAGUCUAGCUUGGUCGGUAGCCGCGGCGCAAACAUCACUACGCGAGUGAGAGCUAUAGAUUGGGCGACUUGUUCUCUAUAAAAAUUAAGUGGUGCAUUGUUCCCGCGAAACACUACAAGUGCAAUCUCUGUAGGACCAACAAGGGUUAAUGACGGAUAAUAUCCAAUGCUCGUGUAAUGACUCAUGCGCGUUCGAUCGUGAAA